AUGGACGGGAAUCCGGGGGAGAUCGAGGUCGUUAACGCGCGAGAGGGGGCAACGGCAGAGCUCAGCGGGAGUGUGCUUCGCCUAGCAUGUCCGGGAGGGAUCGGGCAUGUGCAGUUUCGGCUCCGCAGCGCCACGCGCCUGACCGUGGCCAUUGCAAUCUCUAACUGCGAGGGCCUCGACGUGACGAUCGGCGAAAUUACCAAGGAACGGGGAGACUUUGACGUGCGCCAGGGGCCACAAGAGGCAAUCUUCGAGCUCGACGUGCCGGCCAACCAGGAUGUCCGUGUCCAGUGGAUAGACUAUUACAGAUAG